AUGUUCUUCGGACUAAUGCCCCUCAUCAAAUUCUCAAUCCUACUAGUCAACGCCAUCGCCAUCCUAUCCGAAGACCGUUUCCUCGCCCGAAUUGGAUGGGCCGGCUCCUCCGCCUACGCGAACCCAGCGUCGCCGGACCCGCACAGCUUCGGCAUGCAGAUGCCGCAGGACAGCCAGAGCAUCAAGUUCAAGCUCAUCAACCUGAUCAGCUCCACGCGGACGCUGAUGCGGAGUAAGUUUGCGCCCCUGCUGUCCGAGUUCGUUGGGGCGAGAGGGAAAGUUUGGUACCGUUGA